UGUAGACCAAACAUAGAUAGAGCUAUUGCACAAUACAUUCUCUAUUCAACCAUUGAUCUGAAAUCAAAGGCCUGGACUGCCGGAGAUGGCGUCCACUUCGCUGGCUUUCUCCUCUAUCCAGCUACAAUUUCCCACGCAAAGAUCAUCACAGCUGUCAUCAAGACCACCCACGCGUCGGCUUCGUGUCCGUCCGAUCUCUGCUUCCUUGUCCGAAAGACCACCGCCCACGGUUACGCCGCCGGAACCCGCAAAACUUCCGAUCCGGAAGAUCCCCGGAGACUACGGUCUUCCCUUUAUUGGCCCUCUGAAGGAUCGACUCGACUACUUCUACAACCAAGGCAGAGACGAGUACUUCAAGUCUCGAAUCCAGAAAUACCAGUCAACGGUGUUCAGAACCAAUAUGCCGCCUGGCCCCUUCAUUUCCUCCAGCCCCAACGUCGUCGUCCUCCUCGACGGCAAGAGCUUCCCGGUGCUCUUCGACGUCACCAAGGUUGAGAAGAGAGACCUCUUCACCGGCACCUUUAUGCCCUCCACGGAGCUCACCGGCGGCUACCGGAUGCUCUCCUAUCUGGACCCCUCCGAGCCCAUGCACGGUAAGCUCAAGCAGCUCAUGUUCUUUCUGCUGAAAUCUAGGCGCGAUCAAGUCAUCCCCGAGUUCCACACGAGCUACACCAAUCUCUUCGAGACCCUCGAGAGAGAGCUUGCCGGAAAGGGCAAAGCCAACUUCAGCGAGGGCAAUGAUCAGGCUGCUUUCACUUUCUUAGCUCGAUCUCUCUAUGGGGCUAAUCAUGCUGAUACCCAGCUCGGACUGGAUGGUCCCAAAUUAGUGAGCAAAUGGGUACUUUUCCAGCUCGCUCCGUUGCUGAUCCUUGGCCUCCCAAAACUCGUAGAAGAGCUAUUCAUCCAUAGCUUCCGACUGCCUCCGGCGCUGGUCAAAAAGGACUACCAAAGACUCUACGACUUCUUCUACGAAUCAUCCACCUUCGUCCUAGACGAAGCCGAGAAGCUGGGUGUCUCUCGGGACGAGGCCUGUCACAACCUCGUCUUCGCCACGUGCUUCAACACCUACGGGGGCAUGAGGAUUUUUUUCCCGAACAUGCUCAAAUGGAUCUGCCGAGCCGGCGUCAAACUCCACACCCAGCUAGCCCAGGAGAUCCGCUCGGCCAUCCGAUCAAACGGCGGACAGGUCACGAUGGCGGCGAUGGAGCAGAUGCCGCUAAUGAAGUCCGUUGUGUACGAAUCGCUCCGAAUCGAGCCGCCGGUGUCGUUGCAGUACGGAAAGGCCAAGCGGGACAUGGUGAUCGAGUCCCAUGACGCGGCUUUUGAGGUCAAGGAAGGGGAAAUGUUGUUCGGGUACCAGCCAUUUGCAACCAAGGAUCCGAAGAUAUUUGACCGGUCCGAGGAGUUCGUGGCCGAUCGGUUCGUCGGCGAGGAGGGGGAGAGGCUGUUGAAGCACGUGCUCUGGUCCAAUGGUCCGGAAACGGAGAGUCCGACAGUUGGGAACAAACAGUGCGCUGGCAAGGACUUCGUGGUGGUGAUUUCGAGGUUACUGGUGGUGGAGCUGUUUCGCCGUUACGACUCCUUCGAGAUUGAGGUUGGUAGAUCGCCGUUAGGUGUUUCCGUUACUUUGACGUCGCUCAAGAGAGCUUCCUUCUGAUCAUUAUUCAUCCUUGAAAUUACUAGCAAAUUACCUUGGGGGAAAAACAAUUACUAUUAACAACUACAGUUGUACAACGCAGUCAAAUUGACGGGAGUCCAGUCCAGUGAGGCGAUCAAAUAUAAUCAACUCACCAUAAUAUAUGUGUAUAACUUUAGUCAACGAUAUGAAUUUUGAUUGAUGAAAUUCUUUCUACUUUAAA